AUGCGGUUGAUACGGCGGUUGGUGUCAAAGGCCAACCGGCGGUUCCAGGAGGAUGGGUUCGACCUGGACCUGGCGUACGUGACGGACAGGAUAAUCGCGAUGGGGCACCCGUCGGAGGGCGGGGAGGGGCUGUUCCGCAACCCGAUGUCUGAGACCACGGAGUUCCUGAGGCGCUACCACGACGGGCUGUUCAGGGUGUACAACCUGUGCUCGGAGAAGACCUACGACCCAGCAAAGCUGGGCGGCAACGUGGUGCGUUACCCGUGCGAGGACCUGCAGGCGCCGCCGCUUCUCAUGAUCAAGCGCUUUUGCGAGGACGCCAGCGCGUGGCUGGACGCCAGCGAGCGGAACAUCGCCGUGGUGCACUGCAAGGCGGGGCGGGGCCGCACCGGCGUGCUGAUCUGCUGCCUGCUGCUGUGGCGGCGGCUGUGCGCCAAGCCGGAGGACGUGAUCAGGUACUACGGGGACAAGCGCUCGACGAGCGGGCGCGGCGUGGCCAUAGCAAGCCAGCUGCGCUACAUCCACCACUUCUUCGACAUGUUCCUGGCGCCGGGCGCCCUGGAGGGCUGCCCGCCGUCGCCGCCCCAGAAGCGGCUGCGGUUCAGCGGCCUGCGCAUACUCGGUCUGCCGAAGUACCUCAUCAACGGCGCCACCGUGCGAUUGGCGGCCAGGGGCAGGGACGACGGCUCGGUGUGCACGGAGGUGUUCUCGGUUCGCACCAGCGGCAAAAAAGAGUGGUGGUGUUUCGGCAACCUGCCGCCGCGCCGGGCGGGGGAGGUCCAGAUCUACGUGCCUGGGAACGAGAUCGUGAUCAACCGGCGCACGUUCAGGCGCGGCGCGGCGCAGCGCCGGGCUGGCCACCCCGCGCUGUGCUGGCGGGGGCUGCACAAGGCCCCUGGGGCGUGCUGCGGGGCCAUCGAUAGCAGCGCGGAGUGGAGUGCUGGCGUGCGGGCGCAGUGGGAUUGCAUGCCAGGUGACGGGGAGCCCAGUGAGGACGGCCGCGGCGAUGCCGACGAGCCUGGGCCAGCACCAGAAUGCAGCCAUGGCGGAUGCCAAGGUUCUGACGACCAGGCGGGGCAGGGGCGGGACGGGGGGGGUGAAUCGCUGCCCACGGACUUCGUGCUGGACUGGGAUUUCACCCUGCAGGUGUUUUCUAGCGCCGCAGGGGGCCGUGAGUGCCUGUUCCACACCUGGGAGAACACGUCGUACGUGCCGGACAGCGGCCUGCUGGUGCUGAACCGGGACCAGCUGGACAAGGUCAAGGGGGGGGUGCCCAGGGUGGUGGUGGAGAUCAGGCUCAGGGACGCGGACGGAGGCGGGCAGGAGGACGAGGAGGACGACGAGGAUGAGGGGGACGUCCCCUCGGAGUGGUCCAGCACGGCGUCGGGGCUGAGCCAGCACAACGCGCCGUCGGAAUCGGAGUCGCAGGCGUCGACGGGAUCUCAGUCGGCGCGCCGGGCAACGAGGUCCUACACGUCCCUGGGCUUCGGCCACGUGGGCUGGGCGUGGCCGUCGGGGGGAGCAGAUUCGGAGGCAGAAACGGAGCUGGUGGCCAGGUCGUCGUCCCGAGCGACCCAGGGGUCCUGGCAGUCGCUGGACGCGGCGUGGAGCCAGGGCUGGCUGGGGGCCCCCAGCUUCACGGGGCAGGAAGGGCAGCCGGCAGCCACUGGCGACAAGGUCCCAGAGGGCCAGCUGGGCGAGGGGCGCAGUUCGUUGAUUUCAUGA